GGCUGUCACAACAUUUGAAAGUUAGAAAAAGUUUGAUUUUCAAAGUUUAUGCCGAAAUUUUCGAUUCAUCCCUUAAGUAUGUCGGCUGAUGUUGAUGCUCAUAGUGGAGAGAACAUAGAAGAAUUGAAAGAAUACAAAUUUCAUAGAUUUGAACCUCUGAAUGACGCAAAAAGGAAGGAUGUAUCCCACUUUGAUGUUGAGACGAAAGACAGUAAAGGACUACUGGAUAGGGUUGGGUCAUACCUCGGCAUUAGUGACAACGCUGAAAUGAGAUCGUGGGAAAAAUCUUUUAACAGCAGACAAAUGGGUACUCGUCCAUCUAAACAGGACAAUGUCAUCAAGAAGCUGAAUGAAGCAAUAUCAUUUGCCUCACUCAACCAAUUGUCUUAUGACAGUUUAAUGUCUGAUGAUUUCUGUGCAAAGAAGAUCAAGGACACUGAUCAAUGGGAAAACAGCAGUUCUGAUUCAGAAAGUUCUGAUGACUACUUUGAAAGCCCUUAUGAAGAAUCAGAGAAUGAAUAUUCCAUAACAAGUGAUAAACAACAGGCUUCUCCCAACACUAGAGACAAGGCCUUUGUCACAAGCAAUAUCAAACAGGAAAAAAGCACUGGAAGGACAUCUGAUUUUUUCAAUCCAAUGUACCAAUCUGCAAGUGUAUGUUUCAAUGUUG